CAACCGUGGCUAAGGAUACCCCCCACCGAAUGAAUAAUUUUCCACUGAGUUAUUGCAUCAUUUGUUUCUUGCUUUUUAGAUAGAACUGUUUGUGCAUUCGCAAUUAAAAUAUAGUUUUGGAAGAUAAUCUUGAAAAUAUAUAUUUUUCUUAACUAGUAUUGGUGACCAAUAGUUGAACAUCGUUCAAUAAUUUAAUCUCUUUUCCUCAUUAUUGCUCUGGUUUGCGUUGCGUGAGGAGCGGCGCGCCCCCUCAGUUGUAGCAGCUGGAGGACGUUGUCAGGGGUCAACACUGCGUCUAAAAUUAUUUUUACGGAAAGUUCACACCGGGAAAGUCAGAAUGCCUCUUCAAAAGCUGUUUGCCCGUCAAAUUUUUGAUUCUCGUGGAAAUCCCACUGUGGAGGUGGAUUUGGUGACUGAUCAGGGACUGUUCCGAGCAGCUGUGCCGUCGGGAGCUAGUACUGGAGUUCACGAAGCUUUGGAACUUCGAGAUAAUGAGAAAGAAAAUUAUAUGGGAAAAGGUGUUAGGAAAGCGGUCGAAAAUAUAAACAAAAUUAUUGUACCAGAACUUUUAAAGCAGAACUUUGAAGCUACUCAACAAAAUGAAAUUGAUGAAUUCAUGCUCAAGUUAGACGGCACAGAAAACAAGAGUAAACUUGGUGCUAAUGCUAUUCUGGGAGUUUCCCUUGCUGUAUGCAAGGCAGGAGCAGCCAAGAAAGGAGUUCCACUCUACAAGCAUAUUGCUGAUUUAGCAGGCAAUAAGACUCUUAUAUUGCCUGUACCAGCCUUUAACGUCAUUAAUGGUGGCUCACAUGCUGGCAAUAAACUAGCUAUGCAAGAAUUUAUGAUUCUCCCUACAGGAGCUGCAUCUUUUACUGAGGCUAUGAAAAUGGGAUGUGAAGUUUACCAUAACUUGAAAAGUGUUAUUAAAGAAAAAUUUGGAUUAGAUGCUACAGCUGUGGGCGAUGAAGGUGGUUUUGCUCCAAAUAUUCAAAACAACAAAGACGGUCUUAUUCUUAUUAAGGAUGCUAUUGAAAAAGCUGGCUAUACUGGCAAGGUUGAAAUUGGAAUGGAUGUUGCUGCUUCAGAGUUUUUUAAGGAUGGAAUGUAUGAUUUGGACUUCAAAAAUCCAAAUGCUGAUAAAUGCUCAAGAGUUAGCCAGGAUAAACUGAUUGGCAUUUAUCAAGAAUUCAUGAAAGAAUUUCCUGUUGUGUCAAUUGAAGAUCCAUUUGAUCAGGAUCACUGGGAAGCCUGGACUGGUUUUACAUCUAAAGUAAACAUUCAGGUGGUUGGUGAUGAUUUGACUGUAACGAAUCCAAAGAGAAUUCAGACAGCAAUUGAGAAAAAGGCUUGCAAUUGCCUUUUAUUGAAAGUAAAUCAGAUUGGAACUGUAACAGAAUCUAUUCAGGCUCAUUUAUUGGCAAAACAGGCUGGUUGGGGCACAAUGGUUUCUCAUAGAUCUGGUGAAACAGAAGAUACAUUUAUUGCAGAUCUGGUUGUAGGGUUAUGUACUGGUCAAAUUAAAACUGGUGCUCCAUGCCGUUCUGAAAGGCUGGCAAAGUACAAUCAGAUCUUACGUAUAGAAGAAGAAUUGGGCUCAAAAGCCCAGUAUGCUGGCAAAAAUUUCCGUAAACCUCUGUAAAAGUGCAUGGUGCUAUGUACAGAUAAGCAUGCAAGCCUUCAAACUUGAAGAUAAUGGUCGUUAAAAUAGAGAUUAAGUGUAUUAAAUGUUAUUGGCCUUAGGUGAAGUAAAGGGAUGCUUAUGUGUUCAGAAAUAUCAGUGAUCACUCAGGAAGUCAAAAUGGUUAGUUACCCUGUCAAAGUAAAUUUUAUGGAAAUGUGUAGUCAAAGAAAUUGUGUAAAUUGCAAUCUAUGAGAAUAUCACACCCUGAGACAACAUUGAAUGUUCUGAAAUAUAUGUUUAAAAUUCAUAGAAUCUUUUUCUUUAUUUUCCCAUUCAAUAAUUUAACCCUCAAAUGAAAUUGCCUGUUAUUUACGUUACUUUUUAAUAUUGAUUCUAUAGCACAUUCAUUCACUGAUUAAUUUAAAAAAAAAAAAACAUAUUAAUUUGGUUGUGUUAUAUUUUUUCUACUUUUGAAUAAUGUUUAAAAUACUGAUAUUGAUGUCUGAGAAUCUAGAAGUAGAACUUCGAUAAAGAAAAUGGUUGUGGAUAAACCUCUACUAGAAAUAUCAUAGUCACUUAGUCUUUGAGCAGUUAGAUUGGGUUUGUACAUGGUUAUUGUAAAGAUUCAUGAUUUUUUUUUUUUUUCCCUGAAGGUUUAAUGUGUCGAGUUGACUUUUGAUCUUU